AUGGAGAGUUUCGAAGAAGAAGCGUUGGACACAUGCCCCCUCUCUUGCUUGCCUCGUGUUUGGAAGAGAUACGUAGAUGACACCUUCAUCAUAGUUCCCAUCUCUGAAACAGAUAAGCUGCUUAAACACAUGAAUAGCCUUGAACCAACCAUCCAGUUCACAUCAGAGAUAGAGUGUGAAGGGAAGAUAGCAUUCUUAGACACUCUAGUUCAUAGACACGACAACCAUAGGCUCUCCACCUCAGUCUAUAGGAAGCCUACCCACACAGACCAGUACAUAGCGUUUGACUCUCACCAUCCCAUAUCGGUGAAGAGAGGUCUAGUGAAAUGUCUAUUUGACAGAGCUUCACGCAUUGUGACAAGUCCACAACAGCCAUGCAAAGAACGGACCCGUGUUCGCAGUGCCCUGAGUCUCAACGGUUACCCACGCCGUUGUAUACACAAUACCAAGAAUAGAUCGUCGGAACCCAGGGAUCAGAAGGUAUACAAGACUUUUACAGUCUUGCCGUACAUUGAUGGGGUCUCCCAACAACUCAAGCGCCGCCUAGAGAGCCAUGGCAUUCGAACGGUUUUCAGAUCAGAUACCACCCUACGUCAACAACUUACACGCCCCAAGGAUCCAAUUCCUCCACAUAGACGGGACGGCAUUGUGUACAACAUCCCUUGUAAAGGAUGUGAUAGAUCCUACAUCGGUGAAACUGCCCGUCCGAUAAAAGAAAGAAUCACUGAGCAUAAGAGGGACGUCAGACUCCGUCGAACUGACAACUCAGCCGUAGCCGAACAUGCUUGGGAUAACCAGCAUCAACCAGACUGGGACGGGGUUCAGUGCCUUUCCUAG